AUGGCGCAGUUUCAUUGUCGCUGGCGUAACGUGUUGAUCUGUGUGUGCAGUCCAUGCAUCUGCCUGGCGCUGCUGUUCAUCUACGCCACCGUCAUGGUGUGUAUACGCAUGGCUAGCACAGCAUCGUCCUGGGCCGUAGAGAAGAAUCAUUUUGUGGCCUCAGGAACUUUUACAAACAACAGCUUUGCCCCUCUGCCUAAAGCUUUCUGGGAGUUCCACUUGCAUGGGGAUGCCUUUUGGAACAAUCUCCAGCAGGUCACUGACCGGCAUUUUAACCCCAUCCUGCACCCCAACGACCACAAGAGGGGAUUAGUUAAAAGCACCUCUGAUGAGUCCCGACUGAAGCAAAGUUUCUCUGAGGUUAUCGACCUGGAUAGCACGAAGAGAAACUUUGAGAAGCUGCCACAGCAGAUACAAGAGUUUGUGAGCCACAUGCAAAAGAGGGACUACCCAACCGUCAUUCAGCCUGAUGGAGUAUGUGGGGCUGGGGCAAAAGACGAGAAGGAGCCCCCUCUGCUUCUCCUGGCCAUCAAAACAACAGAGCUGAACUUUAAGAACCGACAGGCCAUUCGACAGACCUGGGGCCAGGUGGGCUGGGUGGCAGGACAGAAGACAAACAGUAGCACAGGAGAAGAAGGCGGAGGAUACGUCCGCAGGGUGUUCCUGCUAGGCAAAGAAAACCCUGAGGAGCUGGGUAUAGAUUUAUCUGAGUUAGUGCAGUUAGAGAGUAAACGUUAUGGAGACAUUAUACAGUGGGACUUCAAAGACACAUUUUACAACCUCACCUUGAAGGACGUGCUCUUCUGGAGCUGGUUCUCACGUUCCUGCGGCCGGACUCGCUUCGUCUUUAAGGGAGACGACGAUGUCUUUGUCAACACCCCAAAAAUGAUAACCUAUCUCCAGGAGCAGCUGAAGAAGCCGAAAGCACACAAGACCAUGAAAGACUUCAUGGUUGGAGAUGUCAUAGGUGCAGCCAUGCCCAACCGAGUCAACAAAUCCAAGUACUUUGUCCCUGACGGCUUCUACAAGGGCCUCUAUCCUACAUAUGCAGGCGGGGGUGGGGUGGUGUACUCAGGCCAGCUGACCAAACGCCUGCACAACAUGUCUAAAAAAGUUCACCUGUUCCCCAUUGAUGACGUUUACGUAGGUAUGUGUAUGAUUCGACUCAACGCGCAACCCGUUCACCACCCUGCCUUCCUCACGUUUGACUUUCCUGAAAAGGAAGAGGAGGAGCUGUGUUCGUACCACAGGAUCCUAUUGGUCCACAAACGAAGCCCCCACCAGGUAGUUAAACUGUGGGACCACAUGAAUAAAACACAGACCCAGUGUUGGGACGUGCCUCUGAAGAAUGUAGGCGAGAGGAAAAAUAAGCCAAAAACUCUAAGACAUUAAAGACAAUGACUCUAAACAUUUCCUGAUAAGAGUUACGAAUAGGUGACAGUGUGUUAACUUAUGUCUGUUUUACUUCAGGUAUCCAUGUUCUGGGGUUAGGUUUUAUAAUUUAAUUAAACUAAACAACAUUAAAAUU